AUGUCUGCAAAUAGGGGAAACUUUAAAAACCCCUUUUCUCGACCAUGGAUGACAGAAACAGGGGCUGCAGCGGCGGCAGGUGGCUCGGGAUCGGUCGGACUCAAAGGUGUUGUUGCUGGAGGCAUAACUGGUGGCAUUGAAAUUUGUAUAACAUUCCCAACCGAAUAUGUGAAAACACAACUCCAACUGGACGAAAAAGGAGGCACUAAAAAAUACACUGGAAUAUGGGACUGUGUAAAUAAGACCGUCAAAGGCCAUGGCUUUUUCGGUUUAUACAGAGGACUGAGCGUGCUCUUGUACGGGUCGAUACCAAAAUCAGCUGUGAGAUUUGGUGUAUUCGAGCAGGCUAAGCUAUAUAUGGUGAAUGAGAAUGGCACUUUGUCUAACACCGGCAAACUGGCUUGCGGUCUGGCCGCUGGAGUGGCAGAGGCUGUGUUCGCAGUUACACCCAUGGAGACUGUUAAGGUCAAGUUUAUUAACGACAUGAGAAUGGAGAAGCCGAGAUUUAAGGGUUUCUUCCACGGAGUCAGGAUGAUUGUGAGGGAAGAAGGUAUUGGUGGUGUUUACAAGGGUGUGACAGCGACUAUCAUGAAACAGGGCAGUAAUCAAGCUAUAAGGUUCUUUGUGAUGGAAUCUCUCCGUGACUGGUACAAGGGAGGCGAUAGGGACAAGCAUGUACCCAAAUAUAUUGUUGGGCUGUUUGGUGGUGUGGCCGGAGCGGCAUCAGUAUUCGGGAAUACACCGAUAGAUGUCGUUAAAACCAGAAUGCAAGGAUUAGAAGCCAGCAAAUACAAGAGCACAUGGGAUUGCUUCAUUAAAAUCUGGAAACAUGAAGGGCCGCUUGCUUUCUACAAGGGAACGGUGCCAAGAUUAAGUAGAGUUGUAUUCGAUGUCGCCAUAACAUUCACAAUCUAUGACAGCAUUAUGGACGUAUUUAAUUUCAUAUGGAAGUAA